CCGGGGCAGCAGCCGCGCGGGGUGUGGGCCGGCGGGGGCGCGGGCGCGGGCGCGGGCGCGGGCACGGGCGCGGACGAUGAAGUGGAGCGUCCGCGGAGCCUGCGCCGCGCUCUCCUCCGGCCUUCUGCUCGCCUGCGCGCUCAGCGCCGCCGCCGUGGGGCUCAAGUGCUUUUCUCUGGGAUCCGAGCUCCGCGGGGAGCCCUUCCGCCUGGGCACCGCCGCCGGCGCCUUCUACUCGGGGCUGCUGCUGGCUGCCGGCCUGUCUCUGCUCGGCUCCGCCCUGCUCUGCUGCCGGCCCAGGGACGAGAGCCCCGCGGGGGCGGUGCCGGGCGCCGGGGCCGGGCCCGGGGCUGUGCCGGGCGCGCUAGGGGGCCCGGAGGCCGAGCCAGAGAGCGGAGCAGCGGAGGCCCGGGCUAGCGCCGCGAUCCCCGGGAGCCAGAACUUCCUCCUGCUCGGAGUCUUGGUCUUUAUGCUCGGGGUCUUGAGCGCCUUCGCCGGUGCUGUGAUCGACGGCGACACCGUGUCCCUGGUGGAGCGUAAAUACUCGCACUACUGUCUGAAGCCGCGGGCCCUCGCCCCAGCUUCGGCCCCGGCCCCGGCGCGAGCUCGCAGCCCUUUGGACAGCUCCGAGAAUGCCCCGGCGGCAGCACUGGCCCCGGCUCCGGCCCCGGCCCCGGCCCUGGCCCCGGCCCCCGCUCGUGUCCGCAGCACCCUGGACAGCUCCGCGUCUGCCCAAUGUGAGAAACUGAAGGAUUACCAGCGAGGCCUCGUCAUCUCCACUGUCUUCAAUUCGCUCGAAUGCCUCCUGGGCUUGGUGAACCUGCUCCUAGUCAAGAACUACAAGUCUUCGCAGGCGCGACGGGGCCGGCGGGGCCGGCGGAGGGGCGGCCGGGGCGGGCGGCCCCGCGGCGGCCCGGGCUCCCGCCAACACGCGCCCGCAUCCCGGCAGCAGCGGCGGGGCCGGCGAGGCAAGCGGGGCGGGCGGCGGCUGCAGCAGCGGCCCAGCGAAGGCUCCCUCUUCUCCCCAGACGAGGCCGACCUCUCCUCCCCGGGCCUUAGCGGCGGUGGCUGCGGCGGCGGCUGCAGUGGCGGCCCCUUUCCCGGGGCGCGACACGCCGUCUCCUACAUCAAUGUGGGAGUCUUCCACGCGUUCGACGAAGCGGGCGUGGAGGUGCGCUGCGGGGGACAUCCCUCGGUGGAGCUGCCCGGCUACUCGCCCUCGGACCCGGAGCUCCAAGUCUCCUACCCUUACUGCUGCCGGCCUCCCCACGAGGACGUCUAUCCCCGGGAACCCGGAAGGGUCAGCUGAGGCACACUCUCCGCAGCCCACCCCAUGGACUGGACGCCUCAUGCCCAAAUCCCUGCCACAGAAUCGCUUUUUUCAUCGGAAGGUGGGCAGGCUGGGGGGGGGCGGGGGGAAGGGGCGUAGUGGACCGCUGCCUCCGCCCCUAGGGGAAAGCGAGAUCAAGCUUCUCUCCAGUUUGGCAUCUUCUGGGGCAGUCCCGGUGCGUGGGACCCCAAGAGCCAGCCUCUGCCCGUCUCUUCUCUGGCUCCUAGACUCAUCCCGCUGUCGGUAGCAGAGGCUCUGGCUGCUGGCCACUUCUGUGGAAUUGGAUGUCUGGGAUGGGCACCAAGAAGGGAGUACAUUUGUAUUCAAUUUUUAUGUCUGGGGACUUCCCUCCUCUCCUCUAUGUCUGUUCGAUAUCCGGAUUCCGUUUUAAAGUUUACAAUAAAUGUUUAUAGGUUGGUUCAUCCAACCACAUUUCUCUUUGGCAAAUCGUUUUGGUCAAGGGGAGCCCCGGCGGCAGCGCAGAGCUCCCCGAGGGUCAAAAGCAAGGCAGACGUAGGGGGAACUCGAAGCAGCCUCAAGAAGCAUCGGACUCUCCAUCGGGAAAAAGAAAAGAGGGUCCUAUUGUGUUUGCUGGUCUGGCGGGAGCCUGCUGUGUGACUGGUUGUACCCUCACCCCAGAGUGCCGUGAGUUACACUUUGGUUGUUGGGAGGUAGAUACACAAGGCGACCUGCGCUUUCCAAGAUAAAAGAAAAGAAAAACGAAGAACGACAUUUUUUUUUUGUACACGAAUGUGCCUGCUUUUGUUGACAAUUUCUUACUGUAAAAGCUUUCCAGUGAAUGGUGAAAAUGUUUGGUAAAUUUAUUGCAAUUUAAUAGCAGGGGUUUCCUUACUUUAAAAAAAAUUGAAAUGCUAUUGGAGAAUUCAAUUAAAAGAGAGUCAAAGGCUAUCUACGCACAAAACGGUUUAGGAAAAGAAGGUGGGAUUCAGUUAGAAAUCGAUUAUUAUGAAAGCUAUCAAGCAGGUCUGUUCAGUGGGUUAUUUGCCUGAAUCCAGCCUUUCUUUUCUUUUCUUUUUCUUUUUCAAGUUGACUGUUGUGUGUGUGUGUGUGUGUGUCUGUGUGUGUAGACACCGACACGAGGUUCCAUACAUUCCUCUUUUGGAAGCCAGUUCUGGGUUUUUUACUGCAACGCAGAGCUUAUUUUUGGUUAACACAGAUGAACAAUUCAAUCCUAUUUUAGACAAUUACAGUCACAGUCUUUCUUGUAAAGACCAUCUUGAA